CUUCUCGCUUGCAGCUACUGAAGUCUUUAAAGUACUUUCAUCAUGUUGAUUCGCUGGAGAAAUGAACUUCCUGGAUCACGCAUGCCAAAUUAUAAACUGGUUCAUUUGUUCUUUGUGCACACCAUGUUUGCUGAGACUUUGGAGUGGCAGGUGCCCAAGGACGAGAAGGAAUUUGAUAUUGGGCACUGCUUUUGUGAUUUACUUGGGGUUCCUUGUCAGCCAAGUAGGUCAUGUUCUACCACAGCAUAGAGCGGGAUCACCGAAAGCGAAUUCCAAGAAUCUCCAAGAUGCUGCCCAGACCCCUUUCCUUGAGAUCCCACUGGAUGGUACCCUGUCACUUCCUGAUUUGCAAAGACCCCUGAUGGAGACAAAUGAUACCUCAGCACUGCCCAAUGUGGUCUACAUUACUCUGCGGUCCAAGCGCAGCAAACCUGCCAACAUCCAAGGCACUGUGAAGCCCAAGCAAAGGAAGAAACAUACAGUACCUUUUCCCUAUGGAAAUAACAAUCCAUCAGUUUUCACUGUCCAGGAGAAGCAUUUAAUGCACAAGUCAUCUCAUGGGAAUAGCAACUCCAUAGGACUAAAGAGAGCAGUAGUCCAAAACAAAGCAAGGCGACGUCAGGAAAAGGACAAAGAGAAAGAAAUACCCCCAAAGGGUAAGAGAUAUUGGCAAUCUGUUAACAUUCUAAGAGAUGAAAAUGUGCAGCCCCAUACUCAGGAGAGCAAUAUCAGGAUGUACAGUGAGAGGCCACCAUCUUGGCUAAGCAAAGAGGACAUCUUACAUAUGCAUGUUCUGGCAGAUUUCAAGAUAAACGCUGUUCAAGAGGGACAAUCUCAACAUGGAACACUUCUGGUAUUUGAGAGGAAGUCUGUUGUGAAUGGAUUGACCAAAGCUACUUCUUGCAGUCAAGGUUUUUGUGGCCUCCUCAAGAGACCUCUUGACAUGAGUGAAGUGUUUGCUUUCCAUUUGGACAGGAUCCUGGGGCUGAACCGGACCUUGCCUACGGUAGGCAGAAAAUCAGAGUUUGUCCAAGAUGAUCAACCAUGUCCUGUGGUUCUCUGGGAUCCUUCCUUGUCUCAAACAGACAAUGAGACACACUCUUCUUUGAAGCUAAACUGGGGGACCUACAAACAGCAACUAAAGCAGAGGUGUUGGCAGAAUCAUAAAGUGUCCAAAGCAGAGUGGGGAUGUACAGAUGUCCAUUACCAUGAAUGGUCCAAGAUGGCUCUCCUUGAUUUCCUGUUACAGAUCUAUCACCGCUUGGACAAAAACUGCUGUGGAUUCAAACCACACAAAGAGGAUUCCUGUGUACAGAAAGGACUGCAUCUGAACUGCAAUGACCAGGAUAGCAUUGCUUUGACUCACAUUAUUCAGCGAAAGGAGGACCCACGACAUUUGGUCUUUAUAGAUAACAAAGGUUUCUUUGACAGAAGUGAAGAAAAUCUAGACUUCAAAAUAUUGCAUGGCAUACAAGAGUUCCCUGAAUCUGCAGUCUCAGUGCUGAAAAGCCAACGUUUGCGAGAGAAGCUUCUUCAGUCUCUGUUCCUUGACAGAAUUUUUUGGGAGAGCCAAGGAGGUCGUCAAGGGAUUGAAAAACUCAUCGAUGUGAUAGAAAGAAGGGCGAAAAUUCUUCUUACUUACAUUAAUGCACAUGGGGCAAAAGUACUGCCAAUGAACAAGUAAAAUUCUGUGGGGGAAAAGACACACACACACACACAAAGCCUACCAUAGAGCUUGCUGGUAAUUAUAAUUUCCCUUUUUUCACUUUCAGAGUACCAUGAACAAAUGGUCAAACUUAACAUUUUAAAUUGGAUAUUCUAUAAAUGUAAUCUGGAACAUAUCAAUUCAAUUGCUUUAAUGAGUUAAAUAUGUGGGCAAAAUUUUUGCUAUUUUUAAUGAACAAAAACAGAGGUGCUAUUAGCUUUGAAAAAGUCCAAAAAGGGUGCAACCCCCCCCCCAAGCUAUUUAUUUCAA